AUCUUGGCCAGGCGAUCGGUUUAGUGCGCGCCCGCAGGCCAACGCAGUUGGAACGCAUUGGAGAUUGGAAUAUACUAGUACUCGCUCGCCCGCAAAUUGUCGUCGCUUGGCCAACAGAUACAAAAUGGAGGACGAUGAGAAAAUGGACAUCAUGCGCAAGGCAUUCCAAAUGUUCGACACACAAAAGACGGGCUUCAUCGAGACCCUGCGGCUGAAGACCAUUCUCAACAGCAUGGGCCAGAUGUUCGAGGAGAGCGAACUGCAGGCUCUGAUCGACGACAACGAUCCGGAGGACACCGGCAAGGUGAACUUCGAUGGCUUCUGCAACAUCGCCGCCCAUUUCCUGGAGGAGGAGGACGCCGAGGCCAUCCAGAAGGAGCUGAAGGAGGCCUUCCGUCUGUACGAUCGCGAGGGCAAUGGUUACAUCACCACCUCCACGCUCAAGGAAAUUCUCGCCGCCCUCGACGACAAGCUCUCCUCCAGCGAUCUCGAUGGGAUCAUCGCUGAGAUCGAUACCGAUGGCUCCGGCACCGUGGACUUUGAUGAAUUCAUGGAGAUGAUGGCGGGCGAGUAGAGAGUGUGUGUGCUGAGAAAAUCCAACAGAAAAUCAAGCUUUUGUGUUUAAUAAUAAUUUUUUAUUUUUUAUUUAAAUAAAUUAACUAAACGCUUUAAUACAAA